CAACCCGGCAGCAAUAAUUGUGACAACUGUGAAUUUGGGACAAAUGCAUGCAACAAAGGCUCUCUUCAUCACGGCUCAGAAGAUGAUGACACUACCCUCGAUGCCACACUUUCUACGGAUGAAAGUGAGGAAUCAUCUUCGUUAAGUGAAGGCGACUCAUCUCGAUCUUCUGAAAGUGAAGACUUCAAAGAGUCCGAAGAGGUGAAUUUACAACAGGAAAAUGAAACCUCGCAAUCACAAGAGGAGCCGCUAUAUCAAGGUAGAAAAAUAUCAAAAAUCCUGUCGUUUGUCUUAAUUGUUAGUUAGACUAUCCAUGUUGAAAUCUCGUCAUAUGGAUUUGAAAUCACAAUGAACGCAGUCGAAAUAGCAUCAUUUGAACUUGAAGUUGCUUUGAACAAGUUGAAACUACAAAGAGAAAACUCGACAUCGCGGAUGUUGAAGUUGAAAUCACCAUUCCAACUAAAAUGCAAAUUACAUGAUUUGAACUUCAAUUCACCUUGUCCACUCUAAUAAGCCACUUAAUCGUCAACAAUGCAACCAUAAUCUUCCACAAAAUUCCAAAAUGGAACCUUUAAUUUGAACUUAAAGCCUAAGGGGGAGGGGGGGGUGGUGAAGUUCUCGGUCCUUAAAUAGGGUAUCUUUUUUGACCCUUUUGUUUCUGUGUCCCUGGUGUGGUCCUUAGGUAGGGUAGCUUAAUUGUAUUAUCUAAUACUGGAGUGUGAAAACACCCGCCGGUUAUGAUUGCAUAUUAUUAAACUAGGCUUAUUCUAGUAUUUCAUGCUUGAUGCUAUACAUAUAAUGUUACAGAGAAGAAAUAAAGUUUUCCUUUGCAUGCUAUUAAUAAUUUUGUUUUUUCCUUGAAUAGGGCGUCAUUUUUCGGCUUUGGGCCUUAAAAAGGUAUCAUUUUUCGCUUUCUUAGUCCUUAAAUAGGGUUAGGGUUCACGAACCUUCACGGCACACCCCUAUCCAAAAUUAGCAGUAGUACCCCCCUCCCCAGGACUUAAAGUCACAUCACAUAUUCGAAUUCGAAAAACCAAAAUUUCAAUUCCAGAGGAAGCGGAAAUAAAAAUACACAGGAACAGAGUAACAACUAGGUACAACUCUACAGAUGGGAAGCUUGGAACCUGAGCUUUCCUCAUCUCUGAUGUGAUCAUCGUCAUGGCUGCAUGAUGGCUACCGAACAACGAGGAGUUUUUCGUUGGACUGGUUAGACUGUUAGAAACAUCAGAAAGUAAUUUAAACUCAGCAUCAUAUGAUAAUGCUGAAUUUUUAUUUCGUCGACUUAAUGCUCAGGAGAAAACUUUGUCAACUCUGCUAACAGUGUUGACAAGCCUAAACGACUCCUGCAGUUCGCGGAUGAAGAAAAGCUUUCAUGGCUUAGCUUUAACUAGGAUGUCCUUAAGGGAUUUUCCCUUACGAUAUGAGAUGAUGAGGGGCUCCUUAAAGAUUUCUCUCAGUUACGGUUGAUUUUCUAUAUAAUUGCCAUUUCCCCAUGAGUGUGUCCUUUAGGUUAGGCAACGCCGGAUGGUAUUGUGUUACAAAGGGCAGUAUUUUCUUAGGUGCGGUUUUUGUUUUUCUUCGCUAGCGACAUUUCUCUAUCAGAGAAUUUAAUCUCUGAAAGGUGUUUUUCUACAAUUCUAGCUGGGUUAAUCUCUAUUAUGCAGGCGUGUUUUGAAAUUACUCAUGUUUUUCUCGAAAGUAAAUUCAGAGGAAUUUGUUCUCAGAAGCCUUAACGCUUCUCCUUUUAUAAAGUUUAAGUUUGCCACUACAGCCUUCACAAUCUGUUGGAUUGUCCUAGAGUCCCCCUUAUCAUUGACAUUGUCUGUCAUAUUGACCAGAGAGCUCGAGUGAAGGGAAAUCUUUUUGCGCCAAAAUGCAGUUAUGCAAACAUCCUGUAUGUACAGUGUAGGGAAAGUCUUAUCAUUUCCGGUUCCUGUGUAUUUUUACCUCCGCUUCCGUUGGAAUUGAAAUUUUGGUUUUUCGAAUUUGAAUAUGUGACGUGACUUUAAGUUCAAAUUAGAGGUUUCAUUUGGAAUUUUGUGGAAGAUUAUGGUUGCUUUGUUGACGAUUAAGUGGCUUACUAGAGUGGAGAAGGUGAAUUGAAGUUCAAAUCAUGUAAUUUGCAUUUUAGUUGGAAUGGUGAUUUCAACUUCAACAUCCGCGAUGUCAAGUUCGAAUGAUGCUAUUUCGACGGCAUUCAUUGCGAUUUCAAAUUCAUAUGAUGAGAUUUCGACAUGGAUAGUCUAAUUUUUGAACUUCAAAUUGUCUUUUAUUUUCAAUUAUUUUUGUCAGCAAAUGUACGCCAUAGUUUUGUUGCCAAGCACAACUUGAGUAAAGCAGCCUGGGCAGAUCUACUUCGAUUACUAACAGUUCCUUCUCGGAGAGCGGUGUCAAAGAAUUUUUCAGUCAGUUUAUUGAAUGAAACUGUUCAUGAAGGAAUAUUUUGGAUCCAAGGAACGAACAAAGGUUACUACUGUUCAAAUUGUUUACAGCAAGUCAAAGAUCGAUGCGCAAAUGACAGUUGCAAAGGAGCGGCUCUGUCAAGUUUUGUGGAUUUGCAUUUCGAAGAGAAGAUAAAAGAUUCAAAAGAAAGUUUCUGAUUCCUGCAUACAUUUAUUGUGACUAACAGGACCCAAAUAUGCUAACUUUUUUGUGAAUCCGCUCUUCAAGAAGCGGAAUUCAUGUACCAGACAGUGCACAUGGAAAUAUGAAUGUUCGAUGCAUGCUUUUCGUGGCAACAGCCAAUUUGCCAGCCCGGGCAGACUUGAUGAACAUGAAACACUUCAACGGCAAAUGUGCUUGCCACCUUUGCAAGUCAGAAGGAAAAGGUUAUGGACUCAACAACAUCCACAAAUGCUGGCCUUUUCAACAAAACCUUGAGAAAAGGACUCACGAAGAUCAGUUGACAUAUGCGUCAAAGGCCACUCGGGGCUGUGUAUAAAAGUGGGACUGGGAUAUUGGGACGCGUGUGUGGGGACUUGUGACUCGAGGAUGCGAGACGAGGGACUUGGGGACAUCAAGUAUGGGACGCAGGGAUGUUGAACGUCAAAUACAGGGAUGCGGGGACGUCAAUGAAUGUUGUAAAAAUCGGAGGUAAAAUGCGACAUCUCUUUCAAGAUGGUCAACGUUAGAUUUUAUCGUCCAGAACCACAUUGGACACCUUAUGAUGUUUACACAAAAUAUUUCCUGGCAUUAACUAUUGUGAUUAGGGUUGGGGUUGAUUUCCAGUGUCGGGUAAUUUUUCUGUGCAUACGUAUACGUAAAAUUUACGCAUGCAAAUAAAAUAGAGGCAACGUAUGAAAGGUCACACGUAAGCGUAAAAGUAGAACUUCGCUCAGCUUCACGUUUAAUCUCGACACUUCAUGUCUUGCCUCUAUUUUAUUUAUGUGAUUAAAAUUUACAUGACUGCGUUAAGGUGCGUGGCCAAAAAUGCGUCAGUGGAAAUCAACCUUUAAGUACUGUUGGCGGGCAAUUACUGUUACGUUUGCCGCUAAAAAUAUGUAAAACAAAAUAAAUAUUGUUACAAUAUGUUGAACCCACCGUGGUGUAGUGGUACAGGCGAUAGAUUUCAGAGCUAACACUUUGGGGUUCGAAGCUCGCUUAUGCUACUUAAUUUACCUUCCUUUUUUUUAUUUAUUUGGAAUUGAAUGCUGUUAUUCUAGAUCAAUUUUGGCGACCACAACCCACCCUACCCUGCUUAGGGCUCCAAUAUUCCAUCAGCAGGAAGACCAAGACAGUGGUUUCACUUUCUUCAAUGCAGGGGGUCUUGACCGAGUCUGCUUCGUAAACAGGCCUGGAGGAACCGUAAGAAGGGUAGGGUGGGUUACCUUCACCAAAAUCAUCGCAUUUAUCGCAAUAAUCAUUCACAUCCCGCGUCCCCCGCAUCCCUGUAUUUGACAUCCCGCGUCCCAUACUUGAUGUCCCUAAAUCCCUUGUCUCGCGUCCGCGAGUCUCAAGUCCCCACACACGUCCCAAUGUCCCUGUCCCCUUGUCCCCGUCCCAGUUUUAUACACAGCCGCCACUCAGAGGAAAUCAGUGGUGGGAGUGAAAGGGCACUCCAUCUUCGCAAAACUGUUGUAUCCUUUUGAUCUGAUUCGAUCGUUUGCAAUCAAUUGGAUGCAUAGUGUUUGUCUCGGAGUUCUUAAGUAUAUUAUGCAGCGACAAAUGUCAGAUAGAAACAGAGACAAACCUUUUUAUCUAGGAGCAAAGAAGGCAUCCAUCUCACACCAACUUAAAGCCGCCAGACAUUGUCGGAAGAUUGCUCAGAUCAUUAGAAGAUCUGAAACACUGGAAAGCCACAGAACUGAAGAACUGGCUAUUGCACUAUUCGGUGGCAGGUUUGAGAAACAAAUUAAAUUCACUGUAUGCUUUUCACUGGUCUUUGGUUGCAGGCACGAUAGGAAUUUUGUGUUCCGACUCAAUAUCCCACGAAGAUCUGAGACAUGCUGAUAGUAUGCUUCAGGAUUUUGUUCUUUUAA